UAUUCUUGCAGUAAAAUGGCAGAAGUCAGAUUUUCUCAGGAUGAGUUCACCUGUCCAGUGUGUCUGGAUCUCCUGAAGGAUCCAGUGGCCAUUCCCUGUGGACACAGUUACUGUAAGAACUGUAUUACAGGCUUCUGGGAUCAGGAGGAUCAGAUGAGGGUCUACAGCUGCCCUCAGUGCAGACAGACCUUCAGUCCAAGACCUGCUUUAGCUAGAAACACCAUCUUGGCUGAAGUGGUGGAGAAAUUCAAGAAGACUAGACUCUCUGCUGACUGUUACGCUGGAGCUGGAGAUGUGCAGUGUGACGUCUGUACUGGAAGAAAACACAAAGCCGUCAAGUCCUGUCUGAUGUGUCUGAACUCUUACUGUCAGAAUCACCUCGAACAACAUGAGAGUUUCUUUAAAGGAAAGAGACACAAUUUGACUGAUGCCACUGGACGACUGCAGGAGAUGAUUUGCCAGAAACAUAACAAGCUCCUUGAGGUUUUCUGUUGCACUGAUCAGAAAUGUAUAUGUGUGCUGUGUAUGGACAAACAUAAAAGCCAUGACAUUGUAUCAGCUGCAGCACAGAGGACAGAGAAACAGCACCAGCUGAAGGAGACACAGAAGUCGUUCCAGCAGAGAAUCCAGCAGAGAGAGAAAGAUCUUCAGCAGCUGAGAGAGGAUGUGGAGUCUCAUAAGCAUUCUGCACAGAUAGCAGUGGAGGACAGUGAGAGGAUCUUUACUGAGCUCAUCCGCUCCAUUGAGAAGAGCCGCUCUGAGCUGAUACGGCUGAUCAGAAAUCAGGAAAAGCAGGCCGUGACUCAAGCUGAAGGACGACUGGAGCGACUGGAGCAGGAGAUCAAUGAUCUGAGGAGGACAGACGCUGAGCUGGAGCAGCUUUCACACACACAGGAUCACAUCCAGUUCCUGCAGAGUUUCCAGUCUCUUUCAGCACCUCCUGAAUCUACAGAUGUAAAUGAUGAUCCCUUCAGUUCUCUCAUCUCUUUUGAUGGCCUGAGAGAAUCUGUCUGUCAGCUGAGAGACAAACUGGAGGAUUUCUGUAAAGAGGAGCUCAAGAAGGUCUCAGACAGGGUUGCUACUACAGGACCUUCUCUGUACUACAACCAGUCUUCAGCAGAUUAUUCACAUCCUCUACAUACUGCUGCAAAUGUUACACCAACAAAGGGCCCAGUAUAUGGGAUGAAUUGUCUUCCUAGACAGCAACAUAUGUAUCCCUACCAAACACCACACACCCCACCUUAUAUGGAAAAGGAUGAGGAUGGACUUAAUUUUGAACCCAUUGUGCCUCUACCUGAUAAGGUUGAUGUGAAAACUUGUGAGGAGGAUGAAGAGGAGAUGUUCUGCAAGAGAGCAAAUCUCUUCCGAUUUGACUCAGACACUAAAAAAUGGAAAGAGAGAGGCAUUGGCAGUAUCAAAAUCCUGAAACACAAAACCUCUGGGAAAGUUCAUCUGUUGAUGAAAGGGGAGCAGGAUCUGAAAAUCUGUGCUAAUCACUAUAUCACUGCCGACAUGGCACUCAAACCAAAUGCUGGAUCUGUUAAAUCCUGGGUGUGGUACGCUAUGGACUAUGCAGAUGAAAUACCGAGGACUAAGCAGUUGGCGAUUUGUUUUAAAACAGCAGAUGAGGCAGCACUGUUCAAAGUCAAAUUUGAGGAGGCUCAAAAGUUACUUUCAGAAUCCCCACAAUGUCAACAGAUUAAAAAGAAGUGCAUAACUUCAGAGCCUCAGGUUUCAUUCAAAGAAGUGUAUCCCAAAACCCUGUUUUCCAAAAAGGAGGGUGAAUGGGACUGUGAUGUGUGCUGUGUAAGAAAUGCUUACACGUCUGCUGUGUGCGUGGCAUGCAGCAGUGCAGCUCCUUCUUCAGCAAAGGUGAAACCUGUAGAAGAAUUCAAAGGCUCUGGCCCUGUGGCUCCUCCUGCCAACUUGUUUUCUAUUGGACUUUCUGGAGAUUCCACUAAGAACACUUCCAGCACUGAUGUCAGCUCGAAUGGCUUCACAUUUGGAUCUCAAAUACCAGUUUCUUGUAAAUUUAGAUUGAAGGAGGCUGCGGUGACAUCUGCUGGCUUUGGAGUUCAGGCUGAUAAGAAAACAAUUCGGACUGAUGCACCAAAACACAAGACAGCAGCUUUAGCAGUCCCAUUUGGCACUCAGUUUUCCAAGAAAGAGGGUUGGUGGCACUGUAACUUCUGCCUAGUGAGGAAUGAUGCCUCAGCAACUGUAUGUGUUUGUUGCAAAACCCCUUUCAGCACUGAAUAUAGUAAUGCAGCAUCACAAAGUGGGUUAACUGCCCUGUUUGCUAAAAAAAAUGGAAAGUGGGAUUGUGACACUUGCCUCAUAAGAAAUGACGCUACAUCUAGGCAUUGUGUUUCGUGUCAGACAGCAAACCCAAAAAUGAAAAACAAGACCUCUGCUGCACCAAGUUCCUCUUUUAAUAUUCCUUUUUCACUUUUGAAUAUUCCUUUGCAGACCCCUCACAAGCUCAUGAACACUGACAGAAUGGUCCAGUUUAAACAGAAAGAUGAAGAAAUGAAAUCUGGUCUUAAGGACCUCAGAUCAUUCUUGACUUACCAAAAUAAGGAUGACAAAAGUAGCGAUGCAAAUCAUAGUACCUGUGCAGUUGUAGUCAAGCUCAACUCUGAAAGCACUGUACCCUCUUUAGAAUGUGAUUUGAAAGAGGAAGCACAUGAGGACUAUGCCAACUCCUCUGUGCAUGCACUGUAAAAAAAAGUCUGUAGUUUUUACAAAAUAAUUUUGGCAGCUGUGGUUGCCAGAAUACUUUUGUAAAAAAUACAGAAAAACUGUAAACACAAUU